GAAGAGGACCAAUGUUUGACUAAUGCAUUAAUCACCAUGCAUCGAGAAAACAAGUUCAAAGGGGAAGGCGGGUUCGAGAAUGGGUAUGUAGCUUGCUUGCUACAAGAGAUGAGGAAGAAAAUUCCUAGCAUCGAUGUUACAGAGAAGAACAUUGAUUCUAGACUAGGCUACUUAAAAAGACAAUUUACUGCUAUACAUGAAAUCAAAGAAAAGGGAAGUGGCUUUGGGUGGGAUGAUGAAAGGAAGAUGGUAACUGGUGAUAAGGUUGUUUUUGAUGAAUGGGUCAAGAGUCAUCCUUUUGCGAAGGGGUUGUAUAUGAAAUCAUGGCCAUUGUAUGAUAAGUUUGAGGAGAUUUUUGCCAAAGAUAGGGCUAUAGGGACUAAUGCAGCCACUGCUGCUGAUCGUGUUUCUCAAUCUAUUGCUACACCCAAUGAAGAAGUUCCCGUAACCAUUGCAACUUUUAGUUCAACAAGAAAACCAGCUUAUAAGAGAAAGUUAGAAGAGAUAGAAAGUUCACAAGCUGAACUUUCUAGCAAGGUGGAGGCGGCUUUUGCUAUUGGGAAUGAACAGCUCUCUCAAAUACUAGCUACCAUUACUACUGGGUCAAAACCUGCAGAUAGGGCACAAUUGAAAUAUGAUAUUGGACAAUUACCAGGUCUACAGACAUUGCAAGUGGUGCAAGCAAUGAAGAAGAUGACUCUUGAAGAUAUUGAAAACUUCUAUGCUAUGGAUUCUGUGGAGGAGAAAACCCUUUAUGUGAAGAUGGUGCUCGGUUUGAUUUAGUGAUUCUCUAGAGGAAAAAACUUAUGUGCUACAUUUAAUCUGCUUAAAUUUGGAUGUUUGAAAAACUUAUGU